UAUCACUUGUGUAUAAUUUUUAGGAUCUUUUUUCAGGCACCUUUUUAGUAGAGCGUAUAAUAUUCAGUUGCAUAAUGCUCAAGAUAAAUAUGAUUCAAGUCCUGGUGUUGACGAUUUUCUUCGCUAGCGCAGUGACCCCAUCUCCCGAUCUGUAUUGGUCAAUGGACAAUGUUGUGAAUAAAGACUUAAGACCAGACAUUGGGGACCAAGCUCUAUGGAGUGGCGACCUUAACACUUUAACGGGCACACCUGUGGUUCCUGGUUACGAUGGAAAUGCAUUAAGGAUUGACAAAAGUUCCGUCAGAAUUGGGACGAGUUCACCAACACUGGCUCGUAAUUGUAUGUUUGAACCCCAGUCAUGUAAUGGAGGUGCCAGCAUAUCCAACUGGUUAUAUGUUCGUGAAUGGCCUUCAACAUUCUUAUUCGGUUCAACUUUCACAACCAAUGUUUUCCCACUGACUGGACCUGGGUUCGCGAUGUACCCGCACUCUAAUAGAGUUGAAUAUGUUGCACACGUUGUAUUUGCUAAUCAGACAAGAUACAUAGCUUCAAUAUCUCGUGACUUGAUCCCACUUAACACAUGGACACACGUAGCAAUGACAUGGUCACCUAAAAACGGUGUUAAAUUCUACAUUAACGGUAGCGAACCAAGCUACGCCACCCCGUCAAAAAUUGACACGUAUUCCACAACCCCGUCAUUCUACAACCUCCACUUUGGAAGUACCAAGUUGUCCAUAGACAUCGAUGAAAUGAAAGUCUGGUAUCGCGAGCUUUCACCCACGGAAAUACACGACGUGUUUCAACCACCAGCCGUUGCAACAACAGAAGCAAUAACAACAAAAGGUCACACUACAAAGCAAACACAAAGUACAACAACUGUUAAUCCAGCAACAACAAAAAGUCAGACAACAGAAAAGCCUACAACCAAAAGUCCCACAACAAAAACAACAACAACAGCAACAACAAAAAGCCGAACAGAGUUUCCUCCAAGUACAAAUUUCUGGACAACUGAAACAAUCAUUGCUGUUUCUGUUGGAGUUGGAAUUGCGUUGUUGGCGUUCAUUAUUUCACUCAUAGUCUGUUGUUUGCUGUGCAGAAGAUCAAAAGAGAAGAAAAGGGGAACUGCUGUGUAAGGGGCUUGUUGUGUGCAUUUGGGGCUUGUUGUGUGCAUUUUGGGUCUGUUGUCUCACUUUUCAAUAUUUCUUUGCUCAAUUUUUACUUUACGCACGUUGUUUUUGUUGUUAGUUAACAAAUAACCAUCUUUUUUGUAUGUUUUCAAUGCAAAAUAUUUUCUUUUUUACUUUAUGAGACCAAACUCAGAAUAUUAAUUAAAUAAAAAUUUAUAAUAUUCAUAAUAUUUUGUUACUAAAUCAUUUUAUAUUUUUAACUUUGGUCUUUGUACAUUUACUCAUUUAUGUCUAACUGUUGUGCUUAAUAAAUAAGCAAGUCACUUCUGGGCUUUUUACCACAAAUAUGCCAAACCAUAGAAAGCAAACACAUGAUAGUUUAACAUUGAAUAAAAUACUUUAUA